CUGAUGACGUCUGAACUGUGCGCCGCUGUGGAACACAUUCAGCUUUUGCUGUGUAAUAUCUGAUAGAGCUGUUCGGCGAGUCAACUUACUGAACAGAGUGUGAAAUUAACCCAGUCUGCAAUAUGGAAUACUUGAUCGGGAUUCAGGGGCCGGACUUUGUUCUGGUUGCGGCAGAUAAUGUAGCCGCCAGCAGUAUAAUCCAAAUGAAACACGAUUAUGACAAGAUGUUCAAGCUGAGUGAGAAAAUCCUGCUCCUGUGUGUGGGUGAAGCCGGAGACACUGUACAGUUCGCAGAAUACAUUCAGAAAAAUGUCCAGCUCUACAAAAUGAGAAAUGGAUACGAGCUCAGCCCGGCCGCGGCUGCAAACUUCACGAGGAAAAACCUGGCAGACUAUCUGCGGAGUCGGACCCCGUAUCAUGUGAACCUGCUGCUGGCCGGCUACGACGAGGCCGACGGGCCAGGACUGUAUUAUAUGGAUCACCUGUCCGCUCUGGCUAAAGCUCCCUUUGCGGCGCAUGGCUACGGCGCUUUCCUCACGCUCUCCAUCCUGGACCGAUACUACAGACCCGAUUUGACUCGUGAAGAAGCCGUGGAUCUGCUCAAGAAGUGUUUAGAGGAGCUCAACAAGCGCUUCAUCCUGAACCUUCCUUCCUUCACUGUCCGCUUGAUCGACAAAGACGGGAUCCACGACAUGGAGAAGCUUCCGGUUGGCGCCAAAUGAGCAUCUACUGUUAUUCCGCAUCUUUUGUACUGCAAAUGUAACCUGUGAUCCAAUAAAACAUUAAUAAUAUGGUC